AUGCCAGAAAAUUUACCUGUGUGUACAGAUUUGUUUGAUGCUCCGUGGGUAUUUGGAAAUUAUGAGGUCACUGUUGACCAAAAUAUAGGCAAAAAAACUCAGGAGGACCGUUUUUGCAUAUGUAACAAACUCGUAAAUGGGCACGAAGAUGUCUGUUUUUUUGGUGUGUUUGAUGGUACAGUAGGUGAAUUUGCAUCAAAUAACGUGAAGGACAUAAUAGUCCCUGCUAUGCUAAGUACUCCAACAUGGAAGUUAAUUGUUGAACAUAUAGAAAAAGGGGAAUUAAAAUUAACGGAUGAGUUUAAUAAUAUUCUGAGAGAUUUGAUGAUAACCACAUUUAAAAAAGCGGACAGUAUACUUAUUGAGAGGUGUAAAGCCGAGGAGAAACAUUACUCUUCUUGUACAGGAGUUGUGCUACUCUUCAUUAAAGACAUACUUGUAAAUGCACAUAUAGGUGACUCACGUUCUGUCGCAUGUACCUAUUCAAACUCUAUUAAUUUAGCACAGUUCUUAACUAUUGACCAUAAACCAGAUCAACCACUUGAGUAUCGAAGAAUUAUAGAAAACGGUGGUUCUGUUGAAUAUUUACAAAAUCACAACAACAAACCAUUUCUUAGGGGCGGAGACUUCACCAGGAGAAGAGCAAGAGGUGAAACUCCAAUGCAAUUACAAUAUUCAAGAGCAUUUGGAGGUAAAGACCUUAAACCAUAUGGGCUCAGUUGUGUUCCAGAUAUUUCUACUAUUUGUUUAAAUCAGAACAAUAGAUUAUUUAUCAUUGCAACCGACGGAAUUUGGGAUGUAUUAUCUGCCCAACAAAGUUGCGACUUAUCUUUUUAUUCACAAGAGCUUGGAAUACAGCCAGCAAGAUACCUUGUAAACGCAGUACUUGAAGAAACGCGAAAUAGAAAUACAAACUGUGAUAACCUCACAGCAAUAUGUAUUAUGCACAAAAAAACAAAUUUAUUGUAA